AUGGCAGACCUUAAACCUCCGUUUACCGAAGAGACUGCUAGAAAGAAGGUCAAGGCAGCUCAGGCUCUCUGGAACACGCAGGACCCGGUCCGAGUCGCUCAAGCCUACACGCCUACAUGCAUCUGGCGCAAUCGCGACUCAUUCUUCUCUGGCACAGAAGCGAUUGUCACGUUCCUAACCCGCAAAUGGAAGCGUGAACGCAGUUACCGACUCCGCAAGGAGCUCUUUGCUUUCACGGAUGACCGUAUUGCCGUGCAGUUCUGGUACGAGUAUCAGGACGCAGAAGAUGGGAUGCGCUGGAAGCGCUGCUACGGCCUUGAGGAUUGGACGUUUGAGCGGGAAACUGGCAAGAUGCGCAAGAGAAUGAUGAGCGGGAAUGACUUGGUACUUGGACCGGACGGGAACGGUGACGGCCGAUGGUUCGUUGAUGGAGUUGACGUCGAUACUGUAGACAUCGGCGAAGAGCAUUGGUAG